CCGCUCCUCUCAUCUCAAACCAUCAACAACCGCAGGCAGUUCGUUGGCAUCCUCAUCACUUUCUCCCGAGGCCUCCGGCCCCAAGAAACAACAGAGCAGCACCAACUAAUCCAAAUCCAUUCGAUUGAUCCAUCCAUGGCGAGAGCGACGAGGACGUCGACCAUGGUUCUCGCGGCGGCGCUAGCCACCCUCCUCCUUCUCGCAUCCGCCCCCGCGCUCGCCACGGCCGCCCGGACCGCGCCGGCGGCCGACAAGGCAUCUCCCGACGAGAAGAGUUCGACGGCGGCGGCGGCGGACGUGGAUUGCGAGGGCGGCGCGGAGACGGCGGAGGAGUGCCUGGCGAGGAGGACGCUGGCGGCGCACACCGACUACAUCUACACCCAGGAGCACCACAACUAGUUGAUUCUCUGUAAUUCACUAGUACUCUAUAGCGUUUGAUUAUCCAUAAAGCAGAUCAGCCAUGCAUGCACCGAUCUUAAUCAUCGCGCCUAUUUCAAGUGUACCGCCUGCGUCGAUCCGUCGCCAGCUGAACCAUGCGCUUCAUAAAACUAAUUAAGCUUUUUUUAUAUAUGUUCA